AUGCUUACAUUAAAAAUUCUUGUUUAUACUGUUGUUAGUUUCUUCGUAUCUCUUUUCAUCUUCGGGUUCCUUUCGAAUGACCCAGGACGUAACCCUAACUCAAAGGACUUUGAAUAA